CCCGGUUGCCAGCGACAUGUGCUGACGUCUUCGGCAUUACGCCUUCCACUUACGGGUACUUGUACAUACGGAUUGACAACAACUGCGGCAUAGCAGCACACAGUUGAGGCUAACCAAGACAACUAACGGAAGUCGUUUAGAAUUAUGAAGCAGUCAAGUUUGUUUCAGCGCAUAUUUCGAACGAGAUAGUAACCGCCUCUUUCAAAAACAUAUGUCAGACGGCCCUGUCCGCGGGCCCUGGUUGAUCCGAUUCCCAGAUUUUGGCUGCUGUGGUCGGCCGCUUCUAAGACCUUAUGCGAUCCUAUCUCACCGAGGUAAGCCACCAACAAAUGCAACGGACUUUCGAGAACCAGAGCAGAUCACCACCCCUCAAUGCUUUACGAAGCAGCCUCAAAAGCUGCACGUAGUGCAUGGGACGGUUCAGAAGACAAGGAGCAAGAUAAGUGUUCUGUGCUGCUUCUCCGUCAACACCGAUGCAGUGACACCAAAGACGGAGCCACUCACGGGCCAAUUGCCGCGCCACAUACAAACAUGUAAUCCGUACGGGCCGAACUCUGCGGCUUUUGGCUUUUUUGAUUGCUUAUCCCGUAUUCCGGCACAGUGGAUAACUGACGCUGUGCUGGGAAUGGAAUCCUUCCCAGCCGCGUUCGACCAGGUACAGACACAGAUAGACUCGUCAUUGCGCCCACUACCAUCCCAUCCGAAUUCAAAGCUCUCUGUCAUCGAUUGUCCACUAGUGCCUUCUCUUUACCCACUGCGUAUCGUCAUCGUGGACCCUGAGCAAGUUCUGCUUGGCAAGAUCUGUCGCCGGUUCCUUGUCAGAUCGGGACUUGUUGGCGCCAGCCCCAAAUGCCUGCAAUUUCACGGCAUUGGUCCCAGCUCCAAAUGAUCGCCCCAAUGGCCAAUUGGCUGGGCCGGCCAACACGGGGGGUCGUCCACUUGAAACAGGGAAAAAAUGCAUUAGGGCGUUUUGGCUUGGUCCAAGAGCUGCGUGUCAGUGGGCUGUUCUGGUGCCAAGAGCAUUCCAGUGCAGGCCGCGGAUUCGAUCUGCCCCUGGCAUCCGGCCGAAUCGCGCUAGAACUCCCGGGCUCACGUCCGUCGUGCCAUUUUUGCUUCCCGC